CAUCCUGUCCUCAUCUCCAGAAUGGGUCGCGAACAUUUCUGAGCGAAGUCUUCUCCGUCGAGAAGUCGCGGACAAGUUCGUCAGCCUCCUAGUCGGGCAGUACCGAUAGAUUCUGAAUGUCUCCGCCGAAGUUUCGUCUUGCUCGGAAGACGUCCGGUAGGACGACGAAGAGCAGUGAAGGGGAACACCGGCCUGCGACCCCGGAAAAUUAUUUCUCCCAUUCGGAGAAUAUGUCAUCUGAUGUGGACCGUUUCAUCGAACAAGUUCUGACGGAUCGUACGUUCUAUGUUCUCACGACGCCGAAUAACUCGCCGCUGGAAAACUCCUUCGACCUAAUCCUCUCGGUCCUCCAGGUCAACUUGAGUUUCAGCGGCCAGGCUGUUGUAGUCCCUUACGAUGGAUGCGUUAUCAUUGAGCUGUCGCGAGAGUUGAAACCGUUCGUCAUUGUACUUUACGAAGGUGAAAAAUAUAGCGCACUGCUGAUACAGAGCGAUUUUCCCAACCAAGAGGACUUGAUUGAACUCUUGAAUCAAUGCAUGUUGACCUUUUGGACGCCGGUGGAGCUUGACUCAUUUCUACUAAGCGGGAUCUUGAUAGCUUUCACGGAUGGAUCUUUGGAAGCCACAGCAAAUUACAAGAACGAAUAUGUUCGUAUCUCAAUGACGAUAGAAAACAUCUUUGUAGAACGGGUCCUUCUCAGACUUCAUCGCGACGAUCACCUUGAGAUGGGUCUCCGAUUACUGCAGGAAGCCUUGACAACCCACCUGAAAACCCUCCAUCUCGAUCUACCGCCCUUGCAACGUUUCAAAAUCGAGGGUCAUAUAUCAAUAUCGAAAGACCGUUUCACUCUGAAGUCGGCAAGUGAUUCGAUCACGUUUGUGAAAUUUCUCGCGAAUUUCGCGUCAAUACGAGGGUCGCCAUGA